CCUCGUAAUCCGGGUGAUCUCCUGAUUCGUUGUCGGUUUGCCUGCUGGCUUGAUUUUUAAGUGGGACAACGAACGGUGUAACCUGCAAAUAAGACAAAGCCUUGAAUUUACGUCGAUCCUACCCCGCUCAAGAGGUUCGACAACAUGGACAUCAAAUUUAGCCGCUGUCACCCCAUUACAUUGUGCCUUAUCCUGGCUGUUGUUGGAAUGGUUCUGGGUUUAGAGGAUGGCUCCAAACAACCAUUGAUCGGCGCUCCUGGGGCACCAGUGGGUUUGUCCGAAUCGGACCCCGAGUUGCUUAAAGCAGUCAAAUUUGCUGAACAACGUUAUAACACGGCUUCUAAUGGAAUGCAUAUUCGCAGAGUUAGUAAAAUAAUCUCUGCCAACAAACAGUUGGUUAAGGGAGUGAGAUACAGUAUUAUGGUAGAGAUUGGAAGCACCCAGUGCAAGAAAUCUGCAGUGCUGGGUGUUUUUGACGACUGUGAAUUCUUCCUAGAGACCAACAAACUGAAGACUGAGGUGUGUUUGUUUGAGGUUUGGGACAUCCCAUGGGAGGGCAAGUCCACACUGCUCAAACAGAAGUGCCAGCCAGCAGUUCCCAAGGAGACCAAAAAGGUGGUGUCUGUGCCCCUGUAUAAGAGCAAGCCAGCACUGGAGUCUGUGGAGCUACUGACUCAGUUCAAAGACUUCAUGGUUAAAUACAACCGAACCUACAGCAGUCAAGAGGAGGCAGAGAAGAGGCUGCGCAUUUUCCAAGAGAACAUGAAAACAGCACAGACCCUCCAGUCUCUGGAGCAGGGCUCUGCCGAAUAUGGCAUCACCAAGUUCAGUGACCUCACAGAGGACGAGUUUCGGAUGAUGUAUCUCAACCCCCUCAUAAGUCAGUGGAGCCUGCAGAAGCCAAUGAAGCCUGCAAGUCCUUCCCGUAAUCCUGCCCCAGACAGCUGGGACUGGAGAGAGCACGGGGCAGUCAGCCCAGUGAAGAACCAGGGAAUGUGUGGGUCUUGCUGGGCAUUCUCUGUAACUGGAAAUAUUGAAGGGCAGUGGUUUCGAAAGACUGGAAAAUUACUGUCGCUAUCAGAACAGGAACUGGUGGACUGUGAUAGGCUGGACCAAGCUUGUGGGGGCGGGCUUCCGUCAAAUGCAUACGAAGCCAUUGAGAAUCUUGGAGGUCUGGAGACAGAGACAGACUACAGCUAUACUGGACACAAGCAGAACUGUGAUUUCUCGUCUGGGAAAGUGGCAGCCUACAUUAACAGCUCAGUAGAACUUCCCAAGGAUGAGAAUGAGAUUGCUGCCUGGCUGGCAGAGAAUGGCCCUGUCUCAGCUGCUCUGAAUGCUUUUGCAAUGCAGUUCUAUAGGAAGGGAGUAUCUCACCCUCUGAAAAUCUUCUGCAACCCUUGGAUGAUUGACCACGCGGUUCUGCUUGUGGGAUAUGGAGAACGUAAUGGUGUUCCGUUUUGGGCCAUUAAGAACAGCUGGGGAGAGGACUAUGGAGAGCAGGGUUACUACUAUCUGUACAGGGGAUCAAGAUUGUGUGGGAUCAACAAGAUGUGUUCCUCUGCAGUUGUGAACUAAAGAACACCAGUGCGUGUACAAACAAACACACACAGUCACACACAUACACACGCUCAGAUACAAAAAGAGAGAGAGAGAUUAAAUAUACAGUAGUUAACACUGUAGACGAAAUGGAACAUACUCAAUGCAUUGUAUGUAUACAGAUAGCAACAUAACACUCUUUGCAUGUACACACGCACGUGCGCGCGCGCACACACACACACACACACAUACAGAGAGAAGGGAGCGUUCAUAACAUGCACUAACUACAUCAUAUAACAGUUAGUUAAUCAUCAUUUGCUGUAAGUAUGACAUGUUAUACUCUAACUAAGAUGAGGAACUUUGGUCUGCAUUUGUUCUCAGAAGUUAUCCCUCCCAUUUUGUUUAUAAAGACAGAGGCAGAAAGCCUGUAAAAUGGAGCACCAAAACAACUUGUUACACUUUAAACUGUAGAUUCGGAACAUGAGAUUUACACAAACGAUACAGCAGAAACCAAAUGGAGGGAAUGUCAAUAAUCUACUUACCUUAUACUUUGUAAAUAUCAUUUACUUGAUGGUUUUAACCAAGCUAACUAUUAUAAGAUAAAAUUGCGAAUGUUUAGAUGAUUUUGAAACAGGGUUUUAUUUUGAAACAAUAUUAUUCAGUUAUCUAUUAUAGUUAAUUUGCUGUGUUUUUAAACUUCAUAGUUUUCAGAUGAGAAAAAAAAACAGAAUUCUCUCAAAAUAUGACAGUAUUUAGUUGUGGGGUGUAUUGAAAAAUAGAGGCCUCAUUCAUGUUUUCCUAUUGUAAUGGGCUCGAAUUUUAAAUGAUAGUACAUUACAUGCUACUGAUCUUUAAGGGUGAUAAACUGUGAGUUGCUACUAAUUGUGAUACAUUGUGUUUGGUGAUUAUUCCGUUAUUCAUAUCCUUUUCUUCCUCUUUAAACUGGCUGUUUUUGAUGACAAAUAAUUCACAGUGCUUUCACUAUAUACAUGGUCACACAAGUAGAAUUUCAUAAGUCAAGAACAUUAAAACUUACAGUUGUGGUAAAAGUAAUUCCGUCAAUGCCAUUAAUCUAACUCAUUAAUCUGCUGUUAAUCUAACUCAUCGUCCUCAUUUUGUAAACUACUGCUGAGUGCACCUCUCUUGGCAUGAACAAUGAAUUGUUUCAUUCCCUUCGAGCGAAUUGCAUGGUGUCAUCAUCUAUAGAAGGAUGUUAACAGGUUAACAAACAGGCUGCUGAAUAAAUUUGUUUGUUCCCACA